GAGGGUCUCUUGGAGUCACGUGACCUGGCCGCCAAAGCGGCGGAAGGGGAGCCGGUCAAAAUGGCGAAGGUCUCGGAGAUGUACGAUGUGACUUGGGAAGAGAUGCGAGAUAAAAUGAGAAAGUGGAGGGAAGAGAACUAUCGGAACAGUGAGCAAAUAGUAGAAGUUGGAGAAGAGUUAAUUAACGAAUACGCAGCUAAGCUUGGUGAUGACAUUUGGAUAAUAUAUGAACAGGUGAUGAUUGCUGCAUUGGACUGCAGCCGGGAUGACUUGGCGAUGUUUUGUCUUCAAGAACUAAGACGGCAAUUCCCAGGGAGCCACCGAGUUAAGCGGUUAACUGGCAUGAGAUUUGAAGCCAUGGAAAGGUAUGACGAUGCAAUCCAGCUGUAUGAUCGGAUUUUACAAGAAGAUUCAACUAAUACUGCGGCAAGAAAGCGCAAAAUUGCCAUUCGAAAAGCCCAAGGGAAAAAUGCUGAAGCCAUCCGAGAGCUGAACGAGUAUCUGGAACAAUUUGUUGGUGACCAAGAAGCCUGGCAUGAACUUGCAGAACUUUACAUCAAUGAACAUGACUAUGCAAAAGCAGCCUUUUGCUUAGAGGAGCUCAUGAUGACUAACCCUCAUAACCACUUAUAUUGCCAGCAGUUUGCAGAGGUUAAAUAUACACAAGGAGGUCUUGAAAACCUUGAAUUAUCAAGAAAAUACUUUUCACAAGCAUUGAAGCUGAACAACCGAAAUAUGAGAGCAUUGUUUGGACUUUACAUGUCUGCCAGCCACAUUGCUUCAAAUUCCAAGGCAAGUGCAAAAAUGAAAAAGGACAAUAUGAAGUAUGCUAGUUGGGCUGCAAACCAAAUCAAUAGAGCUUACCAGUAUGCUGGUCGCAGUAAGAAAGAAACCAAGUACUCUUUGAAAGCUGUAGAAGACAUGUUGGAAGCCCUGCAAAUCACCCAGUCUUAAGCCAUAACAAACCUGUCCAGGAAGCAGAAUUACUUUUUUUAACUCUGCAUCUAAUCUCCAGUCAUCUAAAACUUACGUUAAUUUUAAAUUGCGAACUGUGUUAAUAGUGGGUUUGUGAAAGUGGCUAUCAUAAAUAAUGUGUUUUAUAAAGAUAUGAUUCCUAUUUAUUGCCACUGUGAUGAAAAGCCACUGAAAUAAAUAAAAGGAGCAGAUUUUAUUGAACAUCGGUCUCUUCAGAUCUUAUAUGUGCAGUGAAUGCUUAAGCCCAUAACCUGAUACUAGAAAUAAACUUAAGUGAUGAUAAAGCAGGAUGAUUUAUUGUACGUAAGUAGGUGUGCUGGAAACCUGUGUAUGAAAAUGAAUACCAUAUGGGUGGACAACGUUUUCUGAGCAGAGAAGGUGAUGCAGCAGUACUAAAUAGACAUUAAAUUAGUACUGUUUCUGUUCAGUCUUUAUUGCUAACAAUGUGAAUUGUCAGUGCUUUGUUAUGUCCUUCUGCUGUGUAAUAUGAAAAUACAUGUGUCCAUAAGUUUGAUUGAACAGGACAUCAGUACUGAGUUUAAGCGAUGUUUGAAGUGUGGAAGGAACUGUUGUUAUGUUUACUUUCAUGCUAUUAUUAAAUUCACACUUUAAAUCUC